AUGGCUGCUUCUACUAUGAAGGAAUAUAUUGACAAACAACUGGAAAAGAGUCCUGCCGACGAAAUUACUGAGCUUUUAUUGGAUAACAUUCAAUCUACAAAACUCAGUGGUUUGGAAGGGCACAACUUUGCAAAUUUGAACCACCUUUCACUGAUUGGAUGUGGUCUGCAAUCUUUUGAAGGGCUACCGUGUAUUCCAUCGGUCAAAGUUGUCGAUGCUUCUGAAAAUAAGAUUUCCGAUCUUUCUCCGUUGGUUGAGAAAUGCCCGAGUCUAUAUCAUCUGAAUCUGUGCGGUAACAAUAUUGAGGUAACUUUUUUAAUAGGAAGUUUUCAUACAAUAUAAGUUUUUAACUUUUGUAUUAUACUACUAUAUUUAAAUUCUUGUAGAAAAUCGAACAGUUAAAGCCUCUCGCUGAGCUGAAAAACCUGCAAGUGCUUGAUGUUUUUGAUUGUCCAUUAGCGGAAGAAGAAGAUUACCGAGACAAGAUUUUUGCUACAAUCCCUUCCCUUCAGUAUCUUGAUGGAUUUGAUGUGAAUAACGAAGAGCUCGAGGACCUGGAAGAAUUUGGGGGUGAAGAUGCCGAAGAGCACGACCAUGAAGAUCUCGAUGAUGAGGAAGAAGAGGAGGAGGAUGAAGCAGAGGAGGUUGGACUUGAUUAUCUUAACUCGUCAAGUGCUUUGAAAGAUGACGAUUCCGAAGAUUAUAUAGCCGAAAAGAAGAACGGUCUGAAGCGGAAAGCCGAUGCUGAAGCUGGAGAUGAUGUUCCGUUGAAGAAGUAA